UCAGCCGAAGAAGAAGAAGUAACUUUUUCGUUGUUUCUAUCAACAGUAGCUACUUCUAUACUCUUUGCUUCAGCUUUAUGUCUUCCCCUUUCUUUUUUCUCGGGGGCCAAUUGUGAUAUAUCUUCAUUUAAAAACACACAAAUUGUCCCAUAUUGUUGACGAAAUUUCUGUUGACAAGCUGUGUAUUCAGCAGGUUAGUUUGUCGAGCUGGCGCUCGUUUCUGGGGAAGGUAAAUCGAAAGCACAAAGAGGAAGUUGUUGUCAAGUGUUGGUAGCACUGCUAUGUGUUAGCAUCAAACAUUUAGAAAUAUGUCUUUACUUUUCUCCUUUUAAAGACGUCAACAUUUAAAAAACAACUCUGGAGGAAGCCGUCGCCUUGUUGGAACUAUAUCUAGUUGUAAUGAUAAUUUCAUUUUCUUGGGCUAUUUAUUUUAUAUUCGUGUCGAAGCCAUUGGUUGGGAAAAAUUAGCCAACGUUAGCAAUGGGUCGAUGACACAGACUGUACUGCACCACAAGAGUUUUACUGAACACCGCCCGGCUUCUUGCACUAGUGAAGGAGUGUAGAGGCCAAAUGGAUUUCUCCAAAUUCCUGGACGAUGACUUUGAUGUGAAAGACUGGGUGAACGGCGCCUUCAAGGUGGUGCAGAAAGACGCGCCGGGGAAGGCAGACACACACGCAGCCACACUGGUCAUGAAACUACAGCUGUUCAUCCAGGAAGUCAACAAUGCCAUUGAGGAGAGCAGUAAUCAAGCCCUGCAAAAUAUGCCCAGAGUGCUGCGAGAUGUGGAGGCUUUGAAACAGGAGGCUUCUUUCCUCAAGGAGCAAAUGGUUCUGGUCAAGGAAGACAUCAAGAAGUUUGAGCAAGACACUGUGCAGUCUAUGCAGGUCCUGGUGGAGAUAGAUCAAGUGAAGAGCCGCAUGCAGGUGGCAGCUGACGCUCUGCAGGAGGCGGACAAAUGGAGCACACUGAGUGCAGACAUUGAGGAGACCUUCAAAACACAGGACUUUGCUGUAAUUUCCUCGAAGCUGACCUGCAUGCAGAACAGUCUGGCCAUGUUGGUGGACACACCAGACUACUCUGAAAAGUGUGUCCACCUGGAGGCUCUCAAGAACAGACUGGAGGCCCUGGCCAGCCCACAAAUAGUAGCAACUUUUAAUUCCAUGUCUAUAGACCAAGCCAAGCUGUUUGUUAAAGUCUUCACAGAGAUAGAUAGAAUGCCACAGCUCUUUGCCUACUACUACAAGUGUCACAAGGGCCAGUUGGUGAGCAUUUGGCAGGAUCUCUCUCAGAGCGAGCUCAGUCUGAAUCAGCAGCUCUCAGAGUUCUAUGACACUUUGCUCUCCUCUUGGCACUCUCAGCUACAGUGGAGCAGCCAGGUGUUCAAGAACCCGUAUGAGGUGGUGACAGUGUUGCUGAUCCAAACUCUGGGUGCCAUGGUCCCAUCCAUCCCCGUGUGCCUGAGCUCGGCCAUGGAGCGGGCUGCCCAAGAGCAGCGCCUCGACACACUGCUCGAACUCCAUCACACCACGUCCACCUUCGGACACAGCCUGGAGGCCGCCAUGCUGCCCCACCUUGGUGAGAAUAAUCUGCUGAAGGUGAAUGAGCUGGUCUGUGCGCUGUAUGACCCCUACAAACCUUAUCAGCUGCAGUAUGGCGAUCUGGAGGAAGCUCACCUCCUUAUCCAGAUCAGUGCUGUACCCUUGGAGCACGGGGAGGUAAUUGAUUGCGUGGAAGAGUUGAGCCACUCGGUUGGCAAGUUGUUUGGCCUGGCCAGCUCUGCUGUGGACCGCUGUGUCAAACUGAGUGAUGGACUGGCCGUGUGUGGCCUCCUCAAAGCCCUCAAAGCCCUCUUCACCAAGUAUGUGUCAGACUUCUCUACAACACUGCAGUCAAUCAGGAAGAAGUGUAAACUGGAGGAUACGCCAAGUUCAUCUGUUUUCCAGGAGGACUGGACAGCCUUCCAGAACUCCGUCAGGAUUAUUGCCACUUGUGGAGAACUGCUUAGACAAUGUGGAGCCUUUGAGCAGCAGCUGUCAAACAAGAUCCUGGGCACUGCAGGUAAGUACUUGUCAGAAUCGUAUAGCCCACGCAGCCUGGCGGGCAUCCAGGAGGCCAGCUCCACAGAGAGGAAGAGCGCCACCAAGAACCCCUGGCAGGAAUACAACUACCUCCAGAGAGGAAAUAUGGCUGAAUACAACAGCCUGAUGGAAGUCCUCUACUCCCUAAAGGAGAAGGGCACAGGUAACUCCAGCCUUUUAGCAAAGCCCAGAGCAGCUCUGAUCAGACUCAACCAGCAGGCCAACCAGCUGGCCUUUGACUCUGUCUUCCUGCAAAUCAAACACCAGCUCUGCCUCAUCUCCAAGAUGGAGAGACAAGAGGCACCUGGUUUUGGAGAGAGCUACGCAGAGGACCUGCCUAAUUUCAGCCUGUCACCGCAAGAAUACAUCACAAAUAUAGGGCAGUACCUGAUGUCUCUGCCUCUCCACUUGGAGCCAUUUGUGACUCAGGAGGACCCGGCCCUAGAGAUGGCCCUACAUGCUGGGAAGCUGCCUUUCCCUCCAGAGCAAGGUGAUGACCUUCCCGAGCUGGACAACACCGCAGACUACUGGCUGGGCUCCAUUGCUCGGGCAACCAUGCAGACCUACUGUGAUGCCAUUCUGCUCAUUCCCCAACUGAGCAUCCAUUCCACUAAACAGCUGGCCACGGAUAUCGACUAUCUGAGCAACGUGAUGGACGCUCUGGGCCUGCAGCCCUCCCGCACCCUGCAGCACAUCGUCACCCUGCUGAGGGCCAAGCCAGAAGACUACAGGCAGACGGCCAAACUGCUGCCUCAUCGGCUGGCCUCCACCGUCGCUGCUGUCCGCUGCAUCGACUACUAACGCCAAGGGAGAGGAAGCUGGCCUGUAGGUACUGUGGCUCUCAGAGCGCCACCUGGGACUCGCAGGCAUGUUUGACAACUACGAAGAAUGUGACAUCACUAGUAGCUGGUUUACAUGUUACUGUCCUUUUUUAAGUCUCAAAUUUGUGGCUGCAGCGGUUUAGGAUUAUAGUCCUGUCCAUUUCUAAUGGCAUUUAUGGGAAUGUUAAGAGAUUGAAAUCAGGGUGGUUCAGACUUUUUAAUACUGAUUAUUGUUGAGCUAAAUGUGGCGUUGAAUGAUCAACGGGGAAAAAUGCCUUCAAGUCAAAGCGCCUUGACUAUAGAUCUUUAAUUUCUGCUUUUUUGUUGUUGUUGUUAUUGCUGAUGCUUCUAUAGAGGAACUAACAACAUGUACAUCAGGGGAUGUGUGAGAGCAUUUGAAAAUCUAUAGGACUGAUAUAUUUGUUGUUGAUUAUUUGUCAUACACAUUCAGCAGUUGACUUUAAAAAUGAAAGAGUAUUCUCUCUCUCUCUCUCUCUCUCUCUCUCUCUCUCUCUCUCUCUCUCUCUCUCUCUCUCUCUCUCUCUCUCUCUCUCUCUCUCUCUCUCUCUCUCUCUGGUUGCAGUCUGGGCUGGACAAUAUGAAUAUUCUCCAUGUGGACAUUCUUCGAUAUUUCUCCAUGCAGUAUCCUAAAAAUCUGUACAUAAAACAUUGACAUAACACUAAAAUGGAGCCUAUUGUGUUACUUUUGAUCAAUCUAUUUUUAUUGCUGGAUAAAAGAGGGGGUUGAAUGAGUUUGUAAUGUAAUCUGUCUAGUUUAAUAAAUGUAUAUCCUUUUCUGCUAAA